UGUAAUCUAUUGUCGAAGCCUUCUUGCCCAUUGCGCAAAACCUGAAGGUCCGACUGACAAAACCGCCACACGAUUUGUGCACGGUGACAAUUUUUCGGUCCUUCCCCCAACAGGCUGCUCUCCACAGCUACGUGGAAGCCUAGACAGUGACCACUGCUGCCUAUCGUACCUACCAAUCUUGUUCACUAUUCUUUCGUCUGCUGCUAUUCAUUUUUCAUACCUAGAUUCCUUGGUUACAGUUCAGUACUACAAUAUAAACCACUAUGGCCUCCCAACAGUCUGAUAGCUUGUCAAUAAUUGACAGCGGACAAUCUAGAGCACCUUGUUCAUCCUCUCUCUCAACUCCUACACAAAAACGCGAUCGCAGAUCAAAGAUAUGGGACUACAAUGAAACGUCACGGGAGACACGUAUUACCAACUCAAGUGGAAAGAUGCUCUGGCGAUGCAAGCUAUGUCACAAAGAGUAUCUGGAGUCUGGAGGCACUGCUAAUAUAUCAAGUCAUUUAAUAAAGGCUCAUAGCGUCGAUAUAAUGUCUUCACAAGCCACGAAAGUCCUCUCCCGGCAAACCAGCAUUAAAGAAGCUAUGGCCCGGGGCCAAGAGACUAGCUAUAAAUGCCGCCGCCUAGCUGAAGAGCCAGAUACGGAGCAUAUGAUGGAUCCUGCAGUACUAGAGCACCUUUACGUGCGGUGGAUAACUGCUUGUAGCAUUUCUUUUCGUAUGGUUUCCCGAGAGGAAUUUAGGGCGUUUCUUCAUUACCUUAAUCCAGAAGUGGAUGUUUGGCUUCCUGAUUCGCAUAUGUCAAUACAAGCGUGGACGCUCCGUAUGUAUGAAAAUGAGCGACUACGGAUACAACAGAAGGUCCAAUCGGCACUCUCCAAAGUCCACUUUACUGUAGAUCUUUGGUCCUCCCCUAAUUCCCUAGCGAUUCUUGGAAUGAUUGCGCAUUAUAUCAGUGAAAAUGGGGAGUUGACACAUUAUGUACUUGCCUUAAAGGAGAUAGAGGGAAAACAUUCAGGAGAGAAUCAAGCGCAGAUCAUUAUGCAGGUCAUUAAUGACUAUGGGAUUGCUUCAAAGGUUGGAUACUUUGUAAUGGACAAUGCAGACAAUAAUGAUACAAUGACGGUGUCUUUAUCUGAGAUGCUCUUGGAUCAGUACAAAAUCUACUACAACCACUUUCUCACAGGCUUCAGUGCAAUGGCCACAUCAUCAAUCUGGCAGCCCAAACCUUUCUCUUUCAAACUGAGGAUGAAGCUCUUGCAGAAGAGAACAAUACAAAGCUAUUAUCGCUCCCCACAGAAGCUGAAAUGGCACGGUGGAGAAAGAAAGGGCCACUUGGCAGGCUACAUAACAUUGUAGUUCAUAUACAAAGGUGCCCGCAAUGGAUCGCUAGAUUUCAAGAGCUUAGCAGAGGCCGUAAUCUUGCACGGGAC